AUGUCUUAUUUGGAAACUUUUGAGUGGUUUUCAAGAGAUUUAGAGGGUAUGUCGUUAAAAGAUAUACCACAACUUUUGGUGAGAUUUUAUUCAAAAUCUGAGAGUUUACCUCAAAAUUAUGCCGACAAGCUGGACGCCCGUGCGCUCAACAACACGAGGCACGCCAUGACGGACGUGGUGUUCUUCAACCGCGUGCCCAAGGUGGGCUCGCAGACCUUCAUGGAGCUGCUGCGGCGGCUGUCGCUGCGGAACGCCUUCGACUUCCAUCGCGACCACAUCCAGCGCGUCGAGACCAUCCGGCUGGCGCCCGCCGACCAGAUGAACCUCGCGUCUAUGGUGAGCGCGUACACGCCACCCGCCGUCUACGUCAAGCACGUGUGCUUCGUCAACUUCACCCAGUUCAACAUGCCCGAGCCCAUCUACGUGAACCUGGUGCGCGACCCGGUGGAGCGCGUCAUCUCGUGGUACUACUACGUGCGCGCGCCCUGGUACUACGUGGAGCGCAAGCAGGCCUUCCCGGACAUCCCGCUGCCGGACCCGGCCUGGCUCAAGAAGGACUUCGAGACGUGCGUGCUUCGCGGCGACCGCGAGUGCCGCUACCUGGAGGGCGAGACGCACGAGGGCAUCGGCGACCACCGGCGGCAGUCGCUCUUCUUCUGUGGCCACUCCGACUUCUGCACGCCCUUCAACACUGUCGGGGCCCUGGAGCGCGCCAAGAGGGCCGUGGACCAGCACUACGCCGUGGUCGGCAUCCUGGAGGACCUCAACUCGACGCUCACUGUCCUGGAGCACUACGUGCCGAGGUUCUUCAGAGGCGCCAGCAGAGUCUAUUGGGACGAAGUAGACCGCUUCACGCGGAUCAACAGAAAUCUCUUCAAGCCUCCCGUCAGCGAGGAGGUCAAGGACAUUGUGAGAGCCAACUUCACCAGGGAAGUGGAGUUCUACAACUUCUGCCGGCAACGACUACACCGACAACUUCUUGCGCUCCGACUGCCCGACACCAAAUGAGCCGAGAGUGCGUCGAUCGUGUUUCAAAAACCAAAUGUCGUCUUUUACCAAAUUUUGUAAAGGCAAGAAAAAGAGCUAAAUGUGUGGUCCAAGUACCUACUUAUCUGGGAAACGUCCUGAGAAAAUGUCAAUGAGCAGAAAGGGGCAUUUUAUGCCAAUGCCAUGAUAGCAUGGUUUGCUGUUCAGGACCUGUGGAAAGAGUCCAAAUUAGCGAUUUUUAAUCGUGGGUUUUGAAUUUUGUUGGUGCCAAUUGUUGAAGUGAUGUUGAGUUUGAUAUCAUUUUAUGAAGGCUGGGUGAAAUCAGUCACUUAACUAAAAAAAGCAAGCCAGGAGAAAUCAUUUCAAAUAACAUACAAAAUAUGCAGAAUUUUGUUUACAUGGCCCUUUAUAAUAUCUUUUUGAAGAUGAGCACCUGUUGUGCUUAUCUCAUGCUGUUACCAUUGAAUCAUAAAAUUUUACCAUUACAGUUCCAAGCUUGUAAUUCACACAUUAAGGUUUAUACUACUUAAGGAUUUAGUGUCACCAAGCACAAUAAUUAUUUGUGGAAAACUUUGCCAGUAUUUUGUUAUUACUGUGCAAUACAAGCCACCAAUUUGUUUUGAUAAGAUGCUCCAAUUUUUGGUCAGAACUUUGUAAAAUUUUAUGUUUGUGCAGUGACUCAUAGAUUAUAAAUCUAUGAAUUUUUUCUUGUUAUAUUUUGUAGGCAUAUUUUCAACAUUCCAUGUUCAGUUUAAAAUAUCUUACAUCAUAUUCAUCAUGUGUUCAAACUGAAAUUCAAGCUUACGUUUGUUUUUAAUUUAUUAUGUUCUACUUUGUUCUAAUUCAGUUCAGGGUGUGACAAUUGCAUCGGCUAUGCUGUUGUGACUUAGACGUAUUUAUUUUCUGUGUUCACGAUUUCAGAUGAAGUUCUGGAUUCAGUGUUAUGUGAUUUCCUUGUGAUUAUCUUUAACUGUGUGAAUGUGCCCUCACUGUAGUUGUAGAUGUAAGUGUAAAUGUAUGUGUCUUUGGUAUUCUUCAAUUUUUGUACAUAUACCAAUAUUAAAGAAAACUUGUUUUCUCAAA